GAACAAUAAGAUAAAAAAAACAAACCCGUUCCGUUCUCGAAGUGCCAGUGCUAUUGCUUUCAAUUAAAAGUUCAAAUAGAAUCUCGAACGAAUAGUGAUUGCAAAUAAGAUAUCGAUGAUUGAAAUUUAUGAAUGGAGUGGGUUAGGAAGUGACGUCAUGCAUAGUGUUGUGGCUGUGUCAGACUUGUGCCGGUGGGCGGGGAUUUGAUGACAAUGCGACAUCAUUAGAGCGGAAAGGAUGUGGUUACCGGGUGCAGUGGCGGCGAUGCUCUUGGUAUCGUACUUAUCAAGCGCAGAAUGGCUCUGUCCUGAACUGAGCUCCAGACCAGCAGCGGAAUGUUCUUGCGACCUACCACACACGCUAAGAUGUGCUGGAGAUCAUACUGCUAUACAGAUAAUCGGUCGACACCUUCGAGAACGAAAAGCAAGAAACAAGAACAGUGCUGUGUCCCUCCUAGACUUAGCUCUACGAGGAGUAUCAGCUUUGACAUCGUCAUCUGUAUCUGAGCUAUCUGGUGUAGGUCUGCAUGGAUUGGUUAUAUCCUCAGGUGAUAUCCGAAGAGUGCAACAGGGAGCUUUUGAAGCUAUUGCGUCUACGUUGUUGGCUUUAGGACUUCCAAACAACCAAUUGCCGUCAGUGCCAACUGAAGCGCUGGUCCGACUGUCGAACUUGGACCGAUUAGAUUUGUCCAACAACAAGAUUCACACGCUGGACAAUAAUUCGUUUAAGGGCAUUGUGAACCUUACGUAUCUCGACAUUAGCGACAAUCAACUGACGGUGAUAUCCUCAGAGGCAUUCAAGCAUCUUGUCAAACUAUCCGUUCUGCGACUAAGAGGGAACCUCCUUAAAGUCCCGGCUUUGGUUUCUUUGAAGGAAGCCCACAUGCUGCGGGAUUUAGAUUUGUCCAGCAACGCACUAGAAGGUCCACUGGGUCCCAACACAUUGCCUGCUCUGGGUCACUUGGCAAACUUACAGCUUUCUGACAACACUUUUGCUAGCAUCCGCCGAGGGGCCUUAGCAGGUCUAACAAACUUGACUCAUCUGAAUCUACACAACAAUCAAAUCGACGUGCUGGAAGAUUACGCGUUCAGGCAUAUCACCAAUCUGACACAUCUUGACUUGUCACAUAAUGAAAUUGUUGCUGUAUCAGGUGCAUCUCUAGCGUCGCUCACAAAUCUUAUCCACUUAGAUCUAUCGCACAACUUCCUUCGGUCGCUAUCGGCGGAUCCUCUCAAGUCGCUCGGAGAGCUGCAAGAGCUGCUCCUUCACGAUAACGACAUAUCGAUGAUCGAUGACGGCGCCCUCUCGCAGCACAGAAACCUCGCGCGGUUUACUGUCGAAGAUAAUCCACUCAACUGCGAUUGCCUAAUGGCUGGUUUCGCAAGGUGGCUUCGCGAUGCUGAAAAUUUGUCCCAAGUUGACAAAUCUGCAGCAGUUUGUGCUACGCCGCCACAUUUGGAAGGCGCGUUACUUUCAAGAUUAUCCAAGAACAAACUUUGUGAUGAUUUCGAACAUAACACAGCAGAUGUGAAAGAGAAAGGCGAUAAAGUAAUCAUGAAUACUAUUGACGUUGAUGAAAAAUUUGUUGAUAUUUAUGAUGAUAAACAAGACGGGCUAGAUGAUGAUGUGUACGAGGAAGAAUUAGAAGUGCCAAGUGAAGAGGACUUGCCUAUUUCUAAAUCUAAGGUACGUCUCAUAGACGCGUGGUACGACGAUGAAGAGGUCCAUCUAUCCUGGACAUUAGAUCCCCCAUCGACUCGUCGGUACAGGUGUACAGGCGUGACAGCAUCAAGAGCUGGAGGUCUGCCUAAACACGUGGCUUGUCAUAGAUCUGCUCCUGCCAAUAUUGUAUUGAGAGGACUGAAGAUUGAUCCUCUAGAGCAGUAUACAUUCUGUAUAGCUCUAGAAGAGAUGGACAACACCGACAUACCUCUCGCAUUAGUGUUGGGGUGUGGAAAGCCGCAGCUCGUCCGACAACGAGCUACAUUCGGCACAGUUGUUCCGAUUCCUGUUACAUCGUCGCCCGAAAGAGACGCUUUGAGAGUCUCCGAAGUCCGAUCCAACAUCACAAGUGACGGUCUCCUCACUGUUCUCAUUAACCUUAUGGGUCUACAUCCAAGACCAUACGUUCUUCCACGUUCACAACGCCUUUCCGAUCCACAGUUCUACAACUGCUAUGUUGUCGUAGCUGUUAUUUCUAGGGGUUCUCUAGUUGCCCAAAAAGAUACCCCAUGUCAGACAUCUCUAGAGAUUUCUAUGGCAGGUUUUAUAAGGGGCCCUUAUGAAGUUUGUGCUACAAUAUCUAAAUAUAAAGUAAAUGAAGUGCACCCUAUAUGUGUUGUUCCGCAGAUUUUAGAUUCCGUAGGUUCAUUGGAAAUGAAAGGAGGAUUUAAAGGAUUGAACACAGCUUUGAUCGGCGUAGCUUUAGGCUUAAUGGUCAUUAUUAUCGGCCUAGUAUGGUUUGUAAGGAAGAUGUUAAAGAAACCAACACAAUUUGAUACGUCUCAUAGGUGUUUUAGACAAGAACCUGAGCAGGAGGAAAAUGCUAGAGCCACUUACGUAAUGCUUACGGCUACUUCUAAGUUAUAAAAGGGAUAUAUUGGGUGUCCGGAGACUUAGUAAAUAUAACAAAACUGAUGAAAGUUUAGGCCAGAAUAUUAAUACUUCUUAGUAGCAUUUUUGGAGAACAAAAUUCGACUCUGUGUAAUACAGAUAGUUGUAAUAGUACAGAUAGUAGCAUACAGGGUGUAAUCAUUAAGUGUGACGUCACAAUUAUUCCGCCAAUAUAAACGUUAUUAAAAACCUUAAAACUGGUAUCGAAAAUACGUUACCUAAUCAGUAAAACAGGAUUAAAACCUUGUUAAAAAUAAAACUAGAAAUAUCCAAAAUUUCAACAUUAAAC